CAAAGGCACAUUCAAGUGCCUUUUAUCUACACAACAACUAAAUUAUUUUAAUUGUAUAAACAAGCUUCACACAGUUUACAUAUAAAACACACACACUGAUAUGAAGAGGAAAUUGGAAAUGGAUUCAGAAGAGGAUACACCAUACGAUGACAUCGAUUCUGGAAAUGAAAGCUCGGGUGAUGAAGUCGAUUUUCCUAUGGAAGUUGAGGCUAACAACCCUAGAGAAAGGCAAAUUGAUGUUGAUGAGUACCCCUACGAAGUUCUUUCCACAGAAGAAAUAGUCCAACACAUGGUUGAUUCGAUCCGAGAAGUGAAUACCGUAGUGGAGAUCCCAGCAACAACAACUAGAAUUCUGUUAAACCACUUCAAAUGGGAUAAGGAGAAGCUGUACGAGAGAUUCUAUGAUGGAGACCAGGAUCAGAUGUUCGCAGAAGCCAGAGUCGUGAACCCUUUGAAACCAGCUCUUACUACCCGUCCCAGGGCUUCAAAUGCGGCUAAAAAGGCUAAGAUGGAUGAGGCAAUCGGAGUGAAGAAGAGCAAGAAAUUCGAGACCAUUGAUGAGUCCAAUUUGGUGCCGGUUCGAAAGCAGUCUUCCUCUUCCAGUACAGAAGAAUGUGAAAUUUGCUUCAUAGUUCUACCUUGCAACAUGAUGACGGGUCUGGAGUGUGGUCACCGUUUCUGUACACAAUGUUGGGCCGAGUACCUGACCACCAAGAUCAUGGAGGAGGGUGUUGGCCAGACCAUUGCGUGCGCUGCACACGCCUGUGACAUCCUUGUAGACGAUGCCACAGUCAUGCGGUUGGUCCGUGACUCCAAGGUCAAGCUAAAGUACCAACACCUUAUAACCAAUAGUUUUGUUGAGUGCAACCGACUUCUGAGGUGGUGUCCCAGCCCUGACUGUAACAACGCCAUCAAGGUGCAGUACGUAGAGGCGCGCGCCGUCACCUGCAAGUGCAUGCACACGUUCUGCUUCCAGUGCGGUGAGAACUGGCACGACCCAGUGCGCUGCAACCUGCUCAAGCGGUGGAUAAAGAAGUGUGAUGACGACUCGGAAACAUCCAAUUGGAUUGCCGCUAACACCAAGGAAUGCCCAAAGUGUAAUGUAACAAUAGAGAAGGAUGGAGGCUGUAACCACAUGGUCUGCAAAAACCAGAACUGUAAAACAGACUUCUGUUGGGUGUGUUUAGGGCCUUGGGAACCUCACGGGUCUUCAUGGUACAACUGUAACCGGUAUGAUGAAGAGGAAGCGAAAGCAGCACGGGACGCCCAGGAGAAGUCACGAUCAUCGCUGCAGCGCUACCUCUUCUACUGUAACCGAUACAUGAACCACAUGCAAUCACUUAAGUUCGAGCACAAAUUGUACGCCUCUGUUAAAGAAAAGAUGGAAGAGAUGCAGCAACACAACAUGUCCUGGAUUGAGGUGCAGUUCCUAAGGAAAGCGGUUGACAUCCUGUGUUUGUGCAGACAAACACUCAUGUACACGUACGUGUUCGCUUACUACCUCCGCAAAAACAACCAGUCAGUUCUUUUUGAGGACAACCAAAGAGAUUUGGAAAGUGCGACGGAGACUCUGUCGGAGUAUCUGGAGCGGGACAUAACCUCAGAGAACUUGGCAGACAUUAAACAGAAGGUUCAAGACAAGUACAGAUAUUGUGAGAGCCGACGGAAGGCGCUGUUAGAACACGUACACGAAGGUUACGAAAAGGAGUGGUGGGACUACAAUGAGUAACACUUUGUCGCCAACAAGAAAUCGAUUUUGUACAUAAAAUUCUUACAUUAUAAUUUUUAAUGAGUUGUUAGAUUAAAACUGGUGAUGCCAAGAUUUUAUGUCACAAUUCCGAAUGCAAGUCGUAAUUUUUAUUAAAUUCAAAUGUUUCCACAUAAAAAAUUGUACAUUGAAACUACUUGCUAUUAAAAUUGAAAAGUAAAUGGAACAUAUUUUUACAAAGUGGUUUGACGUUUUCGCCACAAGUAUCUUUAUGAAGUGUUGAAUCAAUUUUAGUUGUAAGUUUUUUUACGUAUUUAGGUAUAGAAUAUGUGGUUGUAUCAUUAGUGAGCUUAUUUAUCGCAUACUUUUUUCAAAGUACACUACUUAACUUAUUUUGCUUUUAUAUAUUUGCUGUAUUGUAAUUGUAAUAGUAGUUUGUAAUUUUGUUUGGAGAAUUUUUUUUAAACAAUAAGUUUUUAAACACUUAUUCAUUUCUACUUAUUUGGUCAGGAGAUAAGGUGUUUUAAUUUUUUCCCCAAAUUAAAGAUAUUAAACAUUUAAAAAGAAGAAGGGAAGAAAAAAAUAUUAUCUAUUUAUUUGUUAUUUAAAACUUGUGAAAUUAAUUUUAGUUAUAAGCCAGCAAUUAAAAUGUAAGAAUUGAAUCUUAACAUAAACAUAUAUUUUUAUAUAGUAUCUACUUAAACAGGGAUUGGACAUUUUUUAAUUACGUUUAAUAGCUAAUUAGUAAUGUCUACUUUAAAUUUAUAACCGUGUUGUAUAACUGCACAUGUAGUAAAUUCCAGUUACGUUGCAAUAUGUGACAGUUGUAUGCCGCUUAACCUAAUGAUAUUCACCUUUAUCUUUGCUAGGUCGUUGAUUUUCCUAUUUAGCCUAGUUUUGUUAAUAAAAGUUCUGGCACAAGUUUGAAAAUGAAUUAUAGCAUUCCAAUUUUAGAAUGGUAAUAAUGAAUCAAGAUUCAACCAGCAUAAGAAAAUUAUUACUUGUCUUUGUCCCCUGUAGGUGAUUAAGAAUUGGACAUUUUGCAGUCUGUGAUUUGGCACGUUGUAAGAUAUUAAUUGGAUGAUUGAUUUUGUGAUAUUUGAUUAAUUAUUGAGAGGGAUCUUGUAAAUUAAACUUAACUCCUUAACGGUUCUGUAAAGUUACGUAAGCAUAAACAUUUUUCAGUAUGAAAAUAAACAUAUGUUUUAUCAGUUUUUUACAGCGAUUAUGCACCGAUAUUACUAAAAAACGAGACAACGUACCUCAGUGUGAGUGAGUAACAUGACUGAAUUGGUGACUCUUUGGUCUCAGUAUAACGCACUACACUGAACCAAUCCAGUAGGUGAUUUGUGAUUAGAAUUUGUGAAAAGAAAAAUUAUUGUGGAAAAGUCUUGACAUUGAGAAACUCCAUAUUUUGAAACGACUGGAAAGAAACAAAAGGAAUACAGUGCAUUUUAUUGUAUGUAUGAUACAUCCUCGUAUGUCUAGUGAGAAAUAGUGGCACUAAUUACACAGUAAAGAGACUAAUUAUGGAACAAAUGAUUGACAAAGAACUAAGUAGACAAAAACAUUUUGAAUAUAUUACUAAAGAAUGUUUCGCAUUUUCACAGUCCCACCUUGAAUAUGAAAUUGUGACUGUUAAGAGGUUAAUAAGACAAAAUGCAAUUUUUCUAAGCACUUACGUAAGUAAAACAUACUUAAACAAUUCCGUAAGGUAAUGGUAUCACUCAUAAGGUUAUAAAAAAAUCAUCACUUAAUCUUAAGUACAUUUAAUUUUUCCAUUUUCUGCUUUCAAAAAUUAAAUCUUAUGUAAUGUUUUUAGAAUUAUCAUUAUAAAUGUCGGUUUAAUACUUGAUAUUAGAUUAUAUAUUAUACAUGUGUAAGGCAUGACUAGACUUGAAUAAAAUAAGGAAAAUGAGCUUUACGUGAACUGUAAAAUAUAAGAAGGUUACCCAAUCAAUACCCCCCAGGUGUAUUGUCGCUUUAUAGAAUAUUUCGAUUCAGAUACGGUGAUAUUCUAAGUCAAUGAUAGCUUGUGAUUUACGUAGAAAAAUAUUAUAGGGUAAUUAUAUUUACUUGUGUUUUAGUUUGUUAUUUAAUUAUGUUAAAAUAAUCUAUAUUGAGAUGUUCUACUUGAAAAUAUAUAUUCCUUUAGUCGUUUGACGUUUUAGUGUAGCUGCUAUUACAAAUUGUCAAAUGGCGGUCGGAUCGACUGUGCCGUAAAUGAUGGGAUAUUUUAAGUGGCAAUCUUGGCAUCACUGUUUUGGGCUCUAGUGUUGCGUCAUUCCCAGAUCAGGUGUCUGCGCUUCUCGUUCAGUUUGCGGAUUGAAAUGCCUUAGCCAUCCUGUAAAUAAUAUAAAAAGUAGCAAAUACAUCGUUUGUUGGUUGCCUCAUCCCGUCGCCUCCUCCAAGGCUAGUCAUCGAGUUCUUUUGUAUAUUCUCUCUUGAGUUUUUUAUGUUCUAUUUUUAAAUAGUAGUUUUUAUUUGGAUGAUAUAUUUUUGCUAGUGAUAACAUUAAAACUCAACAGGCUAAGUAUUAACUACUAUAGUAGUCGAUUGUGUAUUAUAAUUGUACAGAUACUACAUUAUAAUAGAAAUAACAUUUUCUAUCCACUGUUUCCUUGUUUCAAGGGGUUUACUAUGUUGUUACACAUCAGUUAAUAAUAAAAGUCAACAUAACCUAUUGUCAGUUUUUAAAAACGUUCGUCGUUUAGCAAAUUUCUAUUCACCAAAAUAAAAUGCUAUACUUUUGUUUACAAUAAAUUAUUCUUUCAUAA